GCCGGGGAGAUGAGUUCUCCCCUGCGCGGAGGCUCCCCGGCAGGCGUCGGGCAGGAGGCUUCGCCGCGCCAGCGACCCAGGAUGGGAAAAAACAAACGGACGUGCUCCGCCCAGAAAUCUCUUUCCAAGUAAAGGGAACUUGGUGACUGGAAGCUCCAGGCUGUGUGAAGUCCAGAGCCGACAGAUUUACCAGCCAUCUCUUCAGCCAUGGCCCGAGCCAAUGUAUGGAACCGUCUCAAGUCCUGGUGGAAAAAAGAUGAUACGCCCCCGUUUCUGAAUGAUACUAGCGCCUUUGACUUCUCGGAUGAAGUAGGGGAUGAAGAUUUCCCCAGGUUUAAUAAGCUCCGAGUUGUGGUUGCUGAUGAUGGCCUAGAAACGCCAGAAACUAUUAAUGGGACUCACCUGGCCUUCCAGGGAGACGAUGAUUCCUUACUGGAUCAGGAUGUUCCUUUGCCCAACAGCCAGCUGGGUUUCAAAGUAGACCCUUGUGACAAUUGCCGGAAACAGAGAGAGUUGCUGAAACUUAGGAAGGUGAAAACCAGGCUUACCAUAGCUGGGGUUCUUUACCUGCUCUUCAUGAUUGGUGAACUUGUGGGUGGCUAUAUUGCAAAUAGUCUUGCAAUCAUGACGGAUGCACUUCAUAUGUUAACUGACCUCAGUGCUAUCAUACUUACCCUGCUUGCUUUAUGGCUUUCUUCAAAAUCACCAACCAAAAGAUUCACUUUUGGAUUUCAUCGUUUAGAGGUUUUGUCAGCUAUUAUUAGUGUUCUAUUGGUCUAUAUACUUAUGGGAUUCCUCUUAUAUGAAGCCGUGCAAAGAACCAUCCAUAUGAAUUAUGAAAUUAAUGGAGAUAUAAUGCUCAUAACCGCAGCCAUUGGAGUUGCAGUUAAUGUAAUAAUGGGAUUUCUGUUGAAUCAAUCUGGUCACCAUCACUCCCAUUCCCACUCCCCUCCGCCAAACUCUCCUACCACAGGUUCUGGGCAUGGGCACGGGCAUGGACAUAACCAAGGAACUGACAGCCUUGCAGUGAGAGCAGCAUUUGUUCAUGCCCUGGGAGACUUGGUGCAAAGUAUCGGGGUGCUGAUAGCUGCCUACAUCAUUCGAUUCAAGCCAGAAUACAAGAUUGCCGAUCCCAUUUGUACAUAUAUAUUCUCAUUACUUGUGGCUUUUACAACAUUUCGAAUCAUUUGGGACACAGUCGUUAUUAUAUUGGAAGGGGUGCCAAGUCAUUUGAAUAUAGACUAUAUCAAAGAAGCUUUGAUGAAAAUAGAAGAUGUUCAUUCAGUAGAAGAUAUAAAUCUUUGGUCUCUCACUUCCGGAAAAACAACAGCCAUUGUACAUUUACAGCUAGCACCCGGCAGUUCUUCUGAAUGGGAAGAAGUACAGUCAAAGGCCAGGCACCUGCUGAUAAACACUUUUGGGGUCUAUAAGUGCUCUGUCCAGCUUCAGAGUUACAGGCAGGAAGUGAACAAAACUUGUGGAGGGUGCCGUAGUGCCAGUGCCUAAUGUCACGCUUGGGAACUACAGCCUUAUUUAUCGUGCAAACACUAGCGAGCAGCAAUAAGUGACCACAUGAAUGAGCGACUGGGAUCCCUGACAGCUCACCCCGAGUCAAGAAGGAACACAGUCCCCGAGGACUCCGUUGUAGUCCCUUAGAAAAGCCUGGACAGCUUGUAACCUGGAAGAGGUCAACAUUUACUUUGAUUUUCAGACAGGGAUGUUACCAAAAUAUUGUUUACAGAAUGAGAUGUGACUUUGCAGAUACCUCGUUGACAAAACUUAAAAGAUUUCCUUUGUUAAUUGUAUCACGUACGACACAGAGGCUUUCAAGGAAGAACCCAGAAUUCAGUCAUUACAUUUUGGGGGGAGAGGGGAAAGAAAUUUUUAAAAGCCAAAUUAAAUUGAGCAUCAAAAAAAAAAAAAAAAAAAGCACUGAAUUUUUAAAAUUAUGUUGGCUUUUUGCGAUGAACUGGGGUCACUUUUUUUUUUUAAUCCUCAAAAGUUUUAGGAAGUUCUGGAAAAUAUCAAGAAAUAGAAGCAAAUGCAUAUAUUCCCAAGUGUUUUAUAAAUGUUUUCCUUUAUAAAUAAUUCAGAAUGUCAUUGGUCUGUUUCUGCCUUAUAAUUUUAUUUUUUCCAGAUGUUAGAAACAAGGUUUUGAAUCUCAAGGCAUAAUACAUUUUAAGCAUUUGUCAUCUUCUAAAGUAGAGCCAAACAUACUUUACCAUGGUUUUUUUGGUCGUUGUCAUUAAAAUAAUUUAGAAACUAUUUCCAGUAUUAUUUUUUGCAUUAGGGAAAUUAUAGUUUUAAACUGUGAUCAUUGAAUUUGAAAUAAAGGACUAGAGGAGGGUGCUGGAAGUUUUAAGAAAUUUUACUGUUUUAUUAUUAAGUGAAUUAAAUUUGGCUGAAGGUAAAAACUGAACCAGUAAUUCACUUUUAGAUCUUUUCAUUCUGUAUAUCCUAUUUGUUUGGAUCCUAUGUAAAUGUAGGAUAAGUAUAUAACUGUUUAAUGGCCCUUGCAAAAUAAAAUUCUGUGAGGCUCAGCUUUGCACAGCCUCCCUUCCUCUCUAUGUACAGAUUUUUAACUACAUUCUCCUAGAAUUUGGAUCUACUUUUGUGAUAUGGACUAGUAUUUUAAAAAUCAGGGAUUCUCCAUGGUCAUUGGAUGCCUUGAUAUGCUGUAGCCACAUUAAAAAUGCCAAAUAAGUGUGGUGUAAAAAAAUAUAAAGAUCACAACCAAGUUGCAUGUUUUUGGAAGUGCUCAGGUGAUAGUUGUUAGCCCUGAGUCGGCAAAAAAGGAAGUCUUGAAGGUGCUGACUAUGGCUUGGGAAUUGCACAGUUUAAGCAAAAAUUGAAGGUGAGGGUUAUUGUUUCCAUCUGCAUUGAUGAACUAUUUUUAUAAAAUGUGGUGGUGUCCUCUGACCUACCUAUGUUCCUUGUUCUGCUUAAUCUUGGCCUUCCUUUUAACUAUUUAGGAGUAUCUGCCUGUUCACAAUAGAUUUGCUCUUGAAAGAGGUGUGUGUAAGGACUUACAAAACACAUUUGCUUUAUAAAAGAAUCCUACUGUGAACUCGGGCCUUCAUGCAAGGUAUGCAAUACCAAAUGACAUCAGAUAGAAUAUUGGGGAACCCACCAAAGUGGGAUGUCCUGCCGUUCUGAAUGGUCUUUGUUACCUUGUAAUACAAUGGGUAAAUUAGAUCUACACAAUGGGUAAAAGACUGCCUUAAACAUAACUUUAUUCAGUCUAAUUCAUUGCAUAUUCUGGGGUUUGGAACUGUCUGGACAUAAUUUUUGUUCAGAACGAGCCUAGUGUUUUGAGUAAGGUGUUUCUUGUUUCCCUGAUGAGGCUUUUUAUUUGGACAUGAGAUGGAGGGGUACCUGAAGUAGAGUAGGGAAUGCUUCCCAUGAGGACUUUGUCAUUUCUGAAAGUGUUCCUGUAACUAGCAUGCUACAGUCAUUAUUUUCAUGUAUAAAACUAUGUGAUUUUGAAUUGUUUGUUUGCCACGUCACUGAAUUGGCUUCUCUAUUCUAAUUUUCCUUGCUUUUUCUGAAGGUUCCAUCUUCAGAAGGACAGGACAGUUUUUUAGAAUCCUUCUUAUGCUCCUCAACAUCUCCUUGCUUAUGGAGUUUUGCCUGGCCCUUCAAGUCUUCCCUUCCAUCCAGAGUUUGUCAUGGAUUUUUUCAUAGGAUAGUUUGGACAAGAUCUAAACCCUUUCUGAUUUGCUAGAGAAUGAGAGAAGAGCUUUGGUCACCAUUAAUGUCUUUCACAGUCUUAACACCAUUAUUAGAAAUUUAUUUCCAGCUUAGGUAGAAUUCUGUCCAAAUAUUCCCAACUCAUACUCCCUGUAAGCAGUGUGCACUUCCUCACUAGUGUAGAUAUAAUUGGGAUGAAUUCCUUCAGGAUUCAACAAGGUGAUGAGUUAUUUUUAGAAACAACAACCAAUAUGGGUUUAUUUGGAAGACAGAACUGGUUCACAGUCAUCCAAUUACGAUACAUGUAUGAUUUUCUAAACUUCUAUAACCCAAUAUAUUUAUUGGUUUUUCUUAAUGAGAAACAACAUGCCAGACUGGCCUUAGAAUCUAGAAAAGUCCUCAUUCUCACACAUUUUUGUUACAUGAUUAUGGGCAAAUCACUUAAACUUUUACUGCCUCCUGGCAGCUCUCUCAAACUUAAAACUACACUGAGUUGCAUAAAUGGAGGGAGUUUUCAACAACAGGAGAGUUAUAGUCUGAAAUAUGGAGUAUUGAUCAAAACAUAAUUAUGGAGAAAAUCCUUCCCAAAAACCGAAAUACUUGAUGACAAGGUUUUGAAUUCAAGUUUAUUUUUGACAUGCAGGAUAGACUAAGGGAUGUUUGCCGUUUAUUAGGUAUUUAAUUGCACUUGACCUCUGGAACCAGAGUCAAAUAAGCAUCAGACAGAUGCUUUUAGACAGAGGGAUCUCCUCAGAUGCUGCAUUGAUAACUGGUGGCUUUAUCCCAGGACCUUGUUUUUUGAUUGUUCACACACAAUGUAGAAAGGAGCAAAGUCUGGUUUUCAAAUGAUGUAUUCAGCUGACUGGAUCUAGACAAGAUACACCUCAUUCCUAUUGCAGGCUGCUUCGUGACUCCAGCCAGCCACCUCCAAUCUUUUAUGCAUUCCAUUCUGUAAAUAAUUGUUGGUCUUUCUGAGAACUUGACAUGUGAGGCAGAGAAAGGGUUAUGGGGAUGUUUGAGGUCCUGCCCAUCAAAUACACAUAGGGCCUCAACUUAGCCAAUCUGAAUUGGAUGGCUUUAUUGAGCCAAGUUUUCCACAUACUGUUGCAGAUGUACAAUUAGAAGCAAUCAGUCUGAGUUAUUUAAUUUUGAUAAUAGUAAUUAUUCAAGAGAAUUUCUUGGUUUCUGUGACAGUAUUAAAUUUGCAAUAAAUUUAUUGCAACAUGAAAUUAGAAUGUUCAUGUGGAGACUUUUGCAAGCAAGAGAAUUAGUGGCUUUGGGAAGCUUAUGCUUCGUUUUAAAGUAUAUCGUUAAAUAAGCCAUAUCACAGUUUGAUGGAACUGUGUUUAUACUUUUCCAUAAACUCUUUCAGAAACUGGGUAUUUUGCACAUAAUCAGUUAUAGAAGGAUUUAUUUGAAACAGGGGUUUGUCCAUGUAAUUAGAAAUCAAAGUAUGGUAUAUAUUUACUGUAUUUGAAAUUUUUAAACUGUACGUACUUUCCUAAACAUUUAUUAAAAUAAAACACAUGGCAAAAUAACUUUUGCUUUAUUAAACAGA